AUGUCACCAAGCAGAGACCCUCCACACUCGCCUUCUGAUGAAGAGUACGAUGAGGCGUCUAGUCGGACGACAAUCUCGUCGAAUGGUGCAAGGGAGAAGACCUUGAAAGAGUUUAUCCCUCCACGGUUGGACCUGGAGUUGAAAGAGUUGUUUGCGGAGAAUGCGGCUGCGAAGAUUUGGAGAGUGGCAGAACAGUUGUUGAAGGACCAGAACGGUAUUUUGGAUCAAUAUCCAGAAACAGUACCUCAAACUGGCGAAAAAGCUGGAAAGUACGCAACUCGCGAUGCCGAAUUCUGGACCUGUGGAUUCUUUCCCGGUAGCUUGUACGCUCUCUUGGAACGCUCCAUGAAAUAUCCCCAGCAUCUCCACAUCCCAGACACGCAUCGGUCAGAAUUUCAAAGCCAGGUCCUGCAACUGGGACGGACUUGGGCGGAGCCGCUGUACGCCAUGGCGAGUCGAACGGAUACUCACGAUAUGGGAUUCAUCAUCCAGCCGGCCUUGCAAAUGGACUGGGAAUUGACCGGUAACAAAAGGAGUUUGCAGGCAGUUCUCACUGCUGCGGAGAGUUUAGCGUCGAGGUAUGAUGAGAAGGUUAAGGCGAUUCGGAGUUGGGAUGAGGCGAUUAACAAGAGGUAUAAUUAUGUUGAUAAGGAUGUGGAUUUCUUGGUCAUCAUUGAUAGCAUGUGCAAUCUCGAUUUGUUGUAUUAUGCUGGGCACCACACUUCGAACAAGAAGCUGAUUGAUAUCGCGACGACGCACGCGCAUACAGUGCUGAAGACUGUGGUCCGAGAGAAUUUCUCGACGUACCACCUUGUUAAUUUCGAUGCUCAGACUGGUGCUGUGAAGAAUAAGUUGACGAAUCAAGGAUACAGAGACUUGUCGACAUGGAGCAGAGGCCAAACAUGGGGUAUCCUCGGAUACAGCCAGACGUACAUGUGGACUCGAGACCCAAUCUUCCUGCACGCCGCAAUCGAACUGGCGAACUACUUCCUCGCACAACUGGACUCUUCGACCUACGAUCACCCAUAUGUACCACUGUGGGACUUCGACGCUCCUGUCCCUCUUAACGCCGGCGAGCUCCCGUUAAGAGAUACAUCAGCUGGUAUGAUUGCGGCAAAUGGCUUGCUGCUUCUGCACCGGGCUCUUCGAGGACAGGGAGAGGGCGCAAGGUACUUGGCUGCAUCGGUGAGGAUCGCGAGCGAGACGAUCGACCUUUCGCUGUCUGAGGACAAAGCUUCGUUUGCACCGGUUUCCGAGGGGAAGAGUGGUCUAUCAGUGCCGCAAGGAUCAUUCGAUGCGAUUCUGAGGAAUGCAACGGCGUGUCGAAAUGCGGAUUCAUUGAGGCCGUAUUGGGAUCAUGGUUUGGUGUAUGCUGACUAUUACUUUUUGGAGUUCGGGAACAAGUUGAUUCGGAUGGGGUUGGUGUAA